AAUAAUAGCUGCUGCCUGCACACAAAUAGAAGAUCCAGCAUUGGGUUUCAAAAUCCUUUUUAAACGUGAUAAAAGUUGGGGAAUACGACAGUGACACUGUUUACCUAUAAACGCGCUUGGAGCCAAUUGCUUACAUACUCUUAAGACACAAUGUCAACUCUAGACCCCAAUAAAGACGACCUUCCUCUCAUGGCCAACACCAAUUACAUGUUAGUCAGGCACUAUGUGUUAGACGUUGCACUGAACUUCGACAAGAAGGUCUUCAGUGGGACCGCAGUCCUUUUCUUGGAGGCCAGGAGACUGCGUGAGAAGGUACCUGACGCAUCAGAAGUAGGUCGGUGCUGUGAGUCGCGGAGAAUAGUUGAAGCUGAGCCACCUGGAUCUCUGUGCGAUGCUGCCUCAAGUGCUGCUGCUGCUGCUUGUGCAUCUGCAGAUAAGACGAGCAAUUUGCCUACCCAUAGCGCUGGAAGAGUUACUGAUAUUAAUAGCUGUCACCAUGGCAACGAUGAGUGGGCUAGUGGGAUUUCUGGAACGAGGGAGCGCUGCAGCGAUGGGGAGGAUUUUGUGUUGGUGCUGGAUUGUUGCGAUCUCGUGGUGAGAAAGGUGGAAGAAGUGGAUGUCACAGCUGUGGCAGGUACCGAGAAACUGAUUGCCGAGGCAAGAGACGGCAGCUAUUGUCCGAGACGUCAAGGUGAUCCCAGAAAUGACAUUGUGCACAAAAUUAUAAGUUUAGCAGCAGAACGCUGGCGAGAGCAGCAUCACUACUAUCUCCAGGGCAGCCAUGCACCCGGCUGCGGAGAACUCCAGUUCCACACAGACAUGUGGUGCCUGAAAAUCAGGAAACCGGGAAUACAAACUCCUGAAGAUUUCCCUCACGCAUUGAAAAUCUGGUAUGAAACCAAGGCAGACGGUGCUUCAGUGAGAUGGACCCAGGACCAAAGUUACAGGCCAUGUGUGUAUACAGUAGGAUCGCCUAUAAACAACAGAGCUCUCUUUCCUUGCCAGGAGCCACCAGUAGCUAUGGCAACCUGGCAGGCCUCAGUUUGGGCCCCGAAAGAUUCUGUGGUUUUAAUGAGCGGUGAAAAUUGUGCUGAACCCCAUCACGGUGAAGGUCUCUCGAAAUGGUUUUAUUAUGUGACCAUGCCUAUGCCAGCGUCUACAUUCACAAUUGCUGUAGGAUAUUGGGUGGAAGCUAAUUCCAGCUUUAGUUCCCAGGUUUUCAAUCCAUUACCCGCCUCAUCAGCCUGUGAGAAUGACAAUUGCAGUGUGUCCCAGCUAGUUUGUGGCCAUACAGCUUAUCCUUGCCGUUUCCAAAGCAUUGUUGCUCAAGGCCAGGAUAUUAUUCCUCAUCGCGUGUUCACUCCACGCUGUCUGAAACUAAAGUGUGAAGAAGUUCUGUUUCCACUGGUGGCACGGUGCUUGUCAGCAGCUCAUCGUGUUCUGGGCACACACCCGUUCUCCAGGCUUGAUGUGCUGAUCGUCCCUGCCAGCUUUUCUAGUCUGGGAAUGGCAAGCCCACACAUCAUCUUCCUGUCACAGUCUGUGUUGUCUGGAAAGGACCAUCUGUGCGGGGUGCGACUGUGCCACGAAGUGGCUCACGCCUGGUUUGGGCUUGCAAUUGGUGCUCGAGACUGGACGGAGGAGUGGAUAAGUGAAGGCUUCGCCACCUACUUGGAAGACGUGCUUUGGGCAGAUGCACAAAAGCUUCCAGAAGAUGAAGCUGAUGAGCAACAGCAGCUGAAAUCCUUGUUGAGAUGGCGACGGCUCAGAGAUGAAGUUCAGAAUUCUGAAGAAGAGUUGCAAGUGCUGAGGCCUAACAAAGAGAACACGGGUCAAGUGAGUGACUCUGGUGCAACAGUUGUUAAGCACGGUUUAAAUCCUGGAAAAAUCUUCAUGCAGGUCCAUUAUCUAAAGGGUUACUUUGUUCUUCAGCACCUAGAGAGCAGAAUUGGACAAAAAGCAUUUCUGAAGUUUUUCAGAUUGUUUGUGAAGAGCUUUCAUGGACAACUCAUUCUUUCUCAGGAUUUUCUGCACAUGCUCAUGGAGAAUUUUCCACAUCUAAAAACUCAGGGACUAUCUUCAGAUGCUGUUUAUCGAGACUGGCUGGAUGUUGCAGGGCUUCCGAAGGUCCCGGGGCCCGGGGCUGCGCGGUGUGGGGGCGGAAGGCUGUCGGGGGAGGCGCGGGGGGAGGUCACAAAAUGGGUGCAGAUCAAUCAAAGGGAUACAAAAGGCGGCAGGAAAAGAAAACGGAAACCUGAGGAUGAAGUGGCUUUCAGAGAGCUUUUGCCGGACCAGCUGGUUUUACUCUUGGAAUUGCUGUUGGAAGUGGAGUCAUUGUCUUUCCGAACUCUGAAGCGGCUACAGAAGCACUAUUGCCUCAGGGAGCAGGAUGCGGAGGUGUGCCAUCGCUGGUGUGAGCUGGUUGUUAAACAUAAAAACAGUGCAGCCUAUGGAGACGUGGAACAUUUUCUGCAGCACCAUCAGGCAAUGGGUGUCUAUUUGUAUGGGGAGCUGAUGGUUGGUGAGGAUGCCAGGCAGCAGAAGCUGGCUCGAAAGUGCUUUGCCAUGCUUCAAGAGGAGAUGGACCAGUCAUCGCAGAAAGUGGUAGCUGAAAUGAUAUUCUAGAGAAGCGAAGGACUGAAGAGUGCAGAGACUGUGGAUAAAUGCACUGAGGAGCAUGCUGGUGGGACUCAACUGUACAGAUCAAGGGGAUCCCUGCUUUGAUCCCUGGACUGAACUGUGUUAUCAUCAUCAGGAGAGUUGUGGGGAACUACAAUUGAACUCAGUCUCCCCAAGCUGUUGAUGGGGAAUGGACAAAACAAACCAACUGCUAUCCAGUGACCUCUGACAAAAAGUAUGCGAAAUAUCUAGAACUGGUGAUGCACUGGAUUAGCACCGUCCUUUCAUCUCUAGGGCCUGGGUUUGAAUCCAGACUGUACUGAAUCCACAACACAGUCCCUUUCUCUACCAGCUGUAAAAGCCCAACAAGAAGUUAAGUUUAGAGUCUGCCUGCUCUGGGCACAGAUCCAUAUCAAAAAGUGGUGCUAAAUAAGCAACCUCACUUGAGAGGCAUAAAUAUAUCCGGUGAAGAAAUUGCUACAUUGUUUAAUAUAUUUUUAACGUUGGGUGUUAAGGCAUAUCGUUGGGGGAAAAACAGAGUUUUACUGUGUGACACCUAAUCUUAAUGCUGACGCUAAGUGCCCAGAAUGCAAAAGAGUUCCCAAGGACACAGUCCUCAGUAUUGAUGAGCACAGAAGAUGAGGUAUAAACAAAAUUCUGGUUAACAUUUACAAAUGUCAACUGAAGGUUAAGGUACCUGAUUUGCUCUCAUUUGCACCUUGACCAGCCCUAUUAACAACAGCAUCUUUAUAUAGCAGGGUAGCAUCCCAGAGCGCUUACUUAAAUUACCAGAAAGUAAAGCAAUCUGGUGCGCAUUAGAUUUGGAGAAUCCAGGGAAGCCAAGUAAAACCAGUGAUCAAAAUAGGUGAUGAUAUUUUACAGUCAAUAUUUAUCUCAUGAUAGAUAGUAUUUUUGACUAGGAAAUUGAACAAGAUUAGUGCAGGUGAGUACUUUCAAAGUGCUGGCAUAUGCACAUUUAUCUUAAAAGUGGUUUGUGGCUGGCCAUCCUGUUACUUGGGCAAAGGAGUACAUUAUCAUUUAUACUUAUAAACAUAUCUUACACACACACACUCGCACAGAGUCGACGGCUCCCACCCCCCAUAUAAAACCAUAUAUCAUGUGAACAUCUUACACACAUACCAAGUUCACCAAAUGUAACCUAAUUGCAUCUUUAAGUUUAUAAAAAGGUGCAUAUAGAUAGUACGUUGAAUGUUGCUGUAGAUUCCAGCAUGUUCUGUUUAGUUAAGAGUUUACAGAAUUUUCCAGAUCUCCAAAAAUAGAUUCCUCAUUGUUGAUUGUGUCUGUUUGUGUAUAUGUAACCUCAAUAUCUGUAAAUGUUCAUAUGAGUGUAUUCUGAACUCUUAAAAAGAAUACCAGAUCAGGAUUAAUAUUUAAUUUACUGGAUAUUUUUAAUAUAAAAUACUUCAAA